AUGCUUUCAAGAAAGGUGGAAGAGGAUGACUUUGAUGAUUUUACAACAAACCAAAAAUGGGUAAUGUCUCCAAAAGCUCAUGAUAGUGAUGUGACACUGUUGUUAAACAAGUUACUGAAAGAAUAUGAUAAAAAGCUGCGACCUGAUAUUGGAACGAAACCCACAGUCAUUGAUGUUGACAUCUAUGUUAAUAGCAUUGGCCCUGUGUCAUCAAUAAAUAUGGAAUACCAAAUUGAUAUUUUUUUUGCUCAGACGUGGACUGACAGCCGUCUUCGUUUCAACAGCACCGUGAAAAGAAGUCUCACUCUCAACAGCAAUAUGGUUGGGUUAAUUUGGAUCCCAGAUACUAUUUUUAGGAAUUCUAAAACUGCAGAAGCUCACUGGAUUACUACACCCAAUCAGCUCCUAAGAAUAUGGAAUGAUGGGAAAAUCUUGUAUACUUUAAGGCUCACCAUCAAUGCCGAAUGCCAGCUGCAGCUACAUAAUUUUCCCAUGGAUAAACAUUCAUGCCCGCUGAUAUUCUCCAGCUAUGGCUAUCCACAAGAAGAAAUGGUUUACAGAUGGAGAAAAAACUCAGUAGAAGCUGCAGAUCAGAAAUCUUGGAGACUUUAUCAGUUUGACUUCUUGGGACUCAGAAAUACUUCUGAUGUUGUGCAAACAUCAGCAGGUGAUUAUAUAGUCAUGACUAUAUACUUCGAAUUAAGUAGAAGAAUGGGAUACUUCACUAUUCAAACAUACAUCCCCUGUAUAUUAACUGUUGUCCUAUCCUGGGUAUCAUUUUGGAUUAAAAAAGAUGCUACACCAGCAAGAACAGCCCUAGGUAUCACGACAGUAUUAACCAUGACAACUCUGAGCACCAUUGCAAGAAAUUCCUUGCCACGUGUUUCCUAUGUCACUGCAAUGGAUCUUUUUGUGACCGUAUGCUUCUUAUUUGUCUUCGCUGCUUUGAUGGAGUAUGCAACCCUGAACUACUACUCAAGUUGCAGGAAGCCACACUGUGCAAAAAAGAAAAAGUCGCUGCCUGAUGUCAGCUUUGGUCACAUGAUGAAUUACUCUGUGUUAGAGAUGAGACCUCCCCCUACAGUCAUCGCACUGAACAAUGCCAUGUACUGGCAAGAAUUUGAAGACAAUUGUAUCUAUGAGUGUCUGGAUGGGAAAGACUGUCAGAGUUUUUUCUGCUGUUAUGAAGAAUGCAAAUCGGGUUCCUGGAGGAAAGGGCGGAUACACAUAGACAUCUUAGAACUUGACUCCUAUUCCAGAGUCUUUUUCCCUACAUCGUUCCUGCUUUUUAACCUGGUCUACUGGGUUGGAUACCUCUAUCUCUAG